CCAUGUCACUGAAAACACUUCUAUUUCUAUUUAUUCGAUUAGCUCACACCACUCUUCAAAUCGAUCAACCCUCGAGGUCUUUAGUGCAAACCACCGUUCAAGUAUUGCAACGCAGUUUCCAAGAUCCCUUUGCAGCUUCGUGGAUCGUCUGGGAAGGCUCAACGCCAACGGCAGAACUUCUACUGGGUGACCUGCUGGAUACGAUCACCGUUAACUUACGGGGAUCCAUUCCAGUACAACUCAAUGUACAGGAAGCCGAAAAUCAGCGGAGACCUUGGGUCCGAAACGUCCUACUGGUCGAUGGUUACGAAGCCUUCGCAAAGCUACGCUCCGGGUUGUCUCUGGAACGUAAUGAUUUCUCCGGUAGAUAUUUGAUCGUCAUCAACUCCGCGAUCGACGAACCAUUCGUCCAGAAAGUGUUCGAAGAUUUGUGGAAGAUGCAGAUCGCCAACGUUGUGUUGAUUGGGAUCGUGGCAAACAAGCCCCGAAUGUGGACGUAUUUCCCAUUCUCUGACGGAAACUGCAGACAGGCUCGUUUGACCCAGUUGAGCCCAGAUGACGAACUAUACCCGGAUAAGAUUGCUAGCUUCCAUGGCUGUCAGCUGAAGGUAGGAUCGUUUGAAACCCGCCCCUUCACGAUCAUGGAUCGUUCGGUCGAAGGAGAGUUACGGAUGACUGGAUUUGAGGGUGAUCUACUGGAUCUGUUGAAGGCAAAACUGGACUUCACCACUCAGAUCUACGAACCGGAGAACGGCGAACAGUGGGGCUACGCUCUUCAGCAGAACAGUACCGGACUAGUUCGGAUGAUCCAGGAGGAAGAAGUUGAUUUCGGAAUUUCUUGUAUGGGAAUUUCUGUGGCCCGAAAUGAAGUGUUGAAGGCUGGAAUUGCUCACUACACGACGGCGUUGGUCCUGGCUGUUCCCAAAGGUCGCCCUUACACAGCGCUGGAAAAGUUGUUUCACCCAUUUCAGGUGGAAGUUUGGUGGUGUAUCGCCACCGUAUUACUGGGAUCAACGAUCGUCAUUGCCAACGUUGAACAGGCCGACGAAGCCAUUCGAAACUUUGUCUACGGUAGAGGAGUCCAAGCGCCGUAUCUAAACCUCAUUCGCAUAUUCUUUUCCAUCAGCAUGCACAGGCUUCCAACCAGGAACUUUGCCCGAACUCUCCUCUUCUACUGGAUCUUCUUCUGUUUUGUGAUCCAGUCCUUGUACCAGGGAGCGCUGUAUCGUUACCUCCAGAAGGACUCCACGCUGCCUCCCUCGAAAUCUAUGGCGGAAAUCGAUCGCACCGACGCCCUGUACUACGUAGUGGAAAGUGCCGAACGCUACUACAGCUCGUUCCCCCACCGUUACCAGAGAGUUCACCACCUACCUCAAGAGAAGAACAACAUCAUCAAUCGCCUCCGGUGGAUGAUGCACCAUCCGGAGUCGACGGAUGUCGUGAUGGGCGCGCUGGAUCACAUGGCUCACCAUAACCAUCUGUACCGCAGGAAGGGAGGCUUCAUCGACGUCUGCCGGGAGUUCGUGUCGACCUACACGGUGGCCAUCUACUACCCGAAAAGGUCCAUGUUGACGCAGCGGUUCGACUGGGAGAUCAUGAUGAUCCAAGCUUCAGGGCUGAUGAGCUACUACAUCAACCGGUAUGGAGACUAUGACUUCUUCGGAAAGGUGAACGAAGCUUCGCAGCCUAAGAAGUUGAGCUGGGAACACUUGUCGGCGGUGUUCGAGUUCUGUGGCGCUCUGCUGGGGCUGUGUGGAGUGAUAUUUGUGAUGGAGGUCGUUUCGGAUCGGUAUCCUUCGGUUAGAAGGGUGUUUUGGAGGCUAUGUUGCAGAGGAGAAAUUGAAGACUUGGAGUUGUCUCUAUAG